AUGGACGAACAACUGUUCAUCGUGUUAACAUUGUUGUUUACUCCACUUGCCUUUCUGAUAUUAUUAGCUGUAAUACUGGCAUCACUUGGGAAGAGUCUGGGAUUGCGGAGGAAAUACGCAGACUUGAUGCUAAAAAUAUUUAAGUGGGGGCAAGAGAGGAUAGCUUUAUACAAUGAAACUCACAGAAAACAAUAUAGUCGAUCAGAGUCUGAAGAAGAGGAGGAAGAUGAUGAGGAACUGAUUAGAGGAGAAAAGGAAAAUGGUCAUGAUCAGCAAGUUAUCCGUCGUGACAUUUCCAUCUCUGCCAUGGGAGGUUUAAAGAUGCCAUCUCAAAGACCGGAAUAUGAUAUCACAAACUUGAAAAAGGAAUUUCAUAUUUCUGAUAUCAUGUACUUUGCAAAAUGUGGAGUUGAAGCAGUCAUCGAAGAUGAUGUAACACAGUGUUUUACAGCUGAAGAGCUUAAAAGCUGGAAUUUUCUAACAAGAACAACAUUAGGCUACCAAUUUAUCAGUGUGCGUCUGACUAUUCUUUGGUGCCUGGGAUGUUUUGUUAGGUACUUCAUACUCUUGCCCUUCAGAGUGCUUGUUCUUUGUACAGGUCUGUCCUGGCUGAUACUCUCCACAGCCAUUAUUGGCUAUUUACCAGAAAGCAAUCUAAAGAAAAGAUUAAACAAACGAGCGAGUCUGAUGUCUCAUCGUAUGUUGGCAAGAGCAUGUUCUGCAGUACUGACAUUCCACAAUCGAGAGAACAUUGCAAAGAAUGGAAUAUGUGUUGCCAACCAUACCUCACCAAUUGAUGUUAUCAUUCUCUCCUGUGAUAGUUGUUAUGCUAUGGUUGGACAGGCCCAUAAUGGAUUUCUUGGUAUUGUGCAGCGAGCCCUCUCCAGGGCCACAUCCCAUAUUUGGUUUGAAAGGUCAGAGGUCAGGGACAGACACUUAGUAGCUAGAAGGUUAAAAGAGCAUGUAGAUAAUGAAGAUAAACUACCGAUAUUGAUAUUUCCUGAAGGUACUUGUAUAAACAAUACUUCAGUAGUGAUGUUUAAGAAGGGGAGUUUUGAAGUGGGUUCCACAAUAUAUCCAGUAGCUAUAAAGUAUGAUCCACGUUUUGGUGAUGCAUUCUGGGACAGCAGUAAAAUGGGGAUGUUAAGCCAUGUUUUCCAGAUAUUGACAAGUUGGGCACUUGUAGCAGAUGUAUGGUACCUACCUCCUAUGGUGAAAAAUGUUAAUGAAGAUGCAGUUACUUUUGCAAAUAGAGUGAAAAAGGAAAUUGCGAGACGAGGUGGAUUAGUUGAUUUAGAAUGGGAUGGGCAGCUGAAAAGGAUGAGAGUAAAAGACUCCUGGAAGUCUAAACCACAGGAAGAAUUCAGUAAACUUUUGAAAGUUGAGUGAAAGGGUUCUGCAAAGUAAUUAGUGAUAUACAGUUGUUGACUUAUUGAAGAAUGAAGAAAUCUAGGGAGUAACCCAUGCAUUCAGUGUAUAAAAAAUGUUUGUUAUAUAACUAUUUCUAAAAGUGUUAGUGUUAAAUCAUGUCAUA